AUGGUCUGUACUGAUCUGAUGGAUCUAGUCAAUGGAGGUGAUAUGGAGACCAAAGACAGGGGCCUCAGCCCCCCCUUCCUCAAAUUCCUGCCUACGCCCCUGAAAGAUAACAGACCAGUGAACACUGUGGCCACCUACACCUGUGACACUGGCUACACUCUCAAUGGAGUCAGUACCAGGACUUGUGGGAGUGAUGGAGUGUGGAGUGGAUCAGAUCCAACGUGUGAAGCCAUUGAGUGUCCUCCUCUACCGACCAUUACCAACGGUAUGAUCUCCUACUUUCCUGAUGUCACCCCUGACUAUGACCUGGGAACUAAUGCAACCAUCACUUGUGAGGCUGGGUUCUAUCUUGAGGGUAAUGAGGCACGAGUGUGUAUGGAUGAUAAUGGAAUGGACACAAUUGGAGUGUGGAGUGGUCAGAAGCCAAGCUGUGUCCUCGCCCCUCCUCCUGUACGUCCAGUGUUGUUCCAACUCAGACUCACCAAUAUCAACAACUGUCCUGACUGGGUGGACCAGGAUGGGAAGUUAGAAACUGUAACGAAUGCGUUUGCUGCCGAGGUAGAGAGUCACUGUGGGUGUGGUUUCUCAAGCAUGGUCAUGACUGCUCCCCGCUUCCGCUGCUUCCCUGGGUCGGACAGAACUCUCACAUUCCGAGCCACUCUAACCGAUUCCAAGCUCCUCACUCCCAUACAAGACUGGAUACAAACCAAUGGAUUCAUUCCCAUUCAGAAUAUACUGAUUGAGGUGGACAAGUCUUGUCAGACAUGACCUACCACCAGUGUCGCUAAAGGGUGUGGUCAGUACUGGUGAGAUACAAUCAUACGAGAUAAUGGAAAUGGGUCACGAAUACGAGGAAGUGUCCAAGUUCCAACGAGCCGUUGGUGGAACACUACCCUUAUAUACAACUGGCUCCGAAAGCAAGUAUGUUAUAAAAACUGAGUCACCACCACCCACUCCACCAACACCACCCACACCACAACCCUUACAAGCGUUUAAGGCUACCGGAAAUGAUACUGAGUUUACAGAGUGCGUUGCUUACAGCAGUGCACGACCACCCACAGUCGCCCCCCACAUCCCACCAGCUUAUGAACUAAUACCUAUAACCCCCUGUAUGCUACUGUUGACUAUUUGCAUAUUGUAUAAUCUUGUCUAAUGUUUUUGCUUGCAUGCAUUUCAUUUCAUUUUG